AUGCCCAGUCCCGUUACACGGACUGGUGCAGACUUGUGUAAGUCUGACUCCUCAGAAACUGAACCAGUCCGAGAAUUGAGUCUAUUCUUGAAGGAACUGCGCGCAACUCGUAUUGAAAUGAGCAACCUCAGGAGCUCACUCAUUGAUUUAACGGGGGCAGUUCAAAAGAGUAAUGAACGUAUGGAUUCACUAGAAAUUAGAAUUAAUGAUCUAGAGGGGAAAAUAAACAAUGAGGAUCGUGCGGACAUUCGAAAUCUGGAAAGGCAAAUUGAUCAGCUUAAGCUGGACCUACAGGAACGUGAACAAGAAUUACUAUCUAAUGACGUUGAGAUAGCGGGUAUUCCGGAGACACCGGGGAAGGUAUCGUACUUUCUGUAG